GAGCAUAUACAUGUGUAUCGUGAAUGAAGGGCUAAGUGGAUCAAGUAUCAUGGCGGUUACAACUCAAGAUGAGAAGAAAUCCUGCUUCGAAGCGGCUUUAAAUUCAACAGGAUUCGGCAAGUACAACAUAGCAAUGCUGCUCUCCUGCUGCCUGGUGAUCCUGGGCAUGUACAUGGAUAUCUUCGGGUUCUCCAUCGUGAUGCCGGCGGUGGCUUGCGACAUGGACCUCAGCACUUCUCAGCAGGGGUUGUUGUCCGCUAUGCCGUUGAUUGGUGUGAUGUUGUCGUCAUACGCAUGGGGUCUGUGUGCGGACACCAUGGGCCGCCGCACCACACUCGUGCUGGCGAUGCCGGUCGGCGUGAUCCUCAACUUCGCAGCCAGCAUGGCGCCAACCUACACCGUUUUAGCUGUUCUGAAGUUCAUGUCUGCUAGUUUUACAUCAUCAGCAAACGCUGCCGCCUUCGUACUAAUGGGAGAGAGCGUACCCGGUAGGCACAGAAGCCGAUUCAUGUUCCUCAUGGCCAGCUCCACCAUGGUCGUGCAGCUUAUCAUCAGUUCAUUCGCCCUCUCAGUCUUCAACCUGUCCUUCCGCGUGGAAAUAUCCUGGCUAUACAUGGAGUACCGACCUUGGAGACUGUUGCUGCAAAUCAUCAGCUUGCCAGGACUGUUCGGUGUGCUUUCUGUCGCUUUGCUGAAUGAAAGCCCUAAAUUUCUGCUGAGCACAGACCGAAACGAUGAUGCCUUGGAUGUACUCAAGUCUAUUUAUAGUUGGAAUACUGGAAUGAAUCGACAUACUUUUCCGAUUGGUUACGUGUAUUUAGAGGAGCAAUCAGUUAAUAAAGACGAAGGUAUAUCUUUCCUACGUAAGAUGUGGAACCAGACGGCUCCGCUGUUCAAGCCGCCUCUCCUCAAGAACUCACUCAUACUCUACUAUAUCCUCAUGUGUGCUUAUAUGACAUCAACCGGCUACACUAUGUGGGUACCUACAAUGACCAAUGCUUAUUUCAAUGGAGACAGUGCAGACGGAUUGACAUUCUGCGAAGUGGCCAGUAAAUCCGCAACUACAUCGAAUUCGACGUCUACUGACUGCGACAGCAUUAUCCAGGCAACGACCCUCUACGCUGUUAUGUGCUACUCAGGAGUAUCCGCUAUAGCCACUGUACUGUUGUCCUUCAUCGUAGAACCCCUCGGGAAGAAGGCUACGACCCUCCUCGUCUUCGUCAUAUCAAUUGUGUGCGGACUGCUCCUACUUUUCAUCAAGAUUCCACUCUUAAGCAUCGCUUUGUUCUACGUGUUCCUUUACGUGGCACUUAUUUUGGGCAAUGUUAACACUUACCUCGUCGAACUAAAUCCUACACAUUUGAGAGGAAUGGCGACGUGUCUAUCUGUAGUCGUUGCCAGAGGGUUCGGCUUCUUCAGCGUGCAACUGAUAGCUAGUCUUUUAGCCAACUACUGCUUACCAAUGAUCAGUGGAUACCUGUUAUUAGUUAUAUCUGGAUUGGUGGUCUCAUUGUUUUUACCAGCCGAUGUCAAAAGAAAAUCACAAGACUACGAAGAACACAAUACGGCUAUAAACUCAAACCCAUGUGAUAAGACUGCAAAAUAGUACCGCCGUGCUAAUUAUUACAGGCACUAAUAUAUUAUUGUAUGAAAAGACUGUCAUGAAAUUAUUAUUAAAAUUUGAUAAUAUUA